AUGUGUUCCAUACUCUUUGGGUCAGGUACGAACUGGCUGUUUGAUGUGUUGAUGAUAUUGCUGCGGUGGAAGGCGGAGCGGGUGAACCUCAACAAACUAGUGACUAUGCUUGAGCUACAUGGGGCGGAGAAUGUGGAUAAUGUCCGCUCUCCCAGGGUCAUCAACUGCCAUCUCCCACCCAGAGGGGAGGAAGUUAAAGAGGCAGAGCUGCUACAAGUCGUCAUGUACUUUUACGCCCUAAACAUGGUGAAUAUGGACCUUACACCGCCUACCUGGGUAGAGGUAAUGGAGAAUGGGAUGAAAGAAAUCGAAAGGCUUAUUUCAUUUCUAGAGAUCGAUAUAUCGGAUAGUUUGCAGAGAGAUAUACUAGACAUGUGUGGCUUCCAGAAGAUGGCUGCGGACAAAAUGCUCAUACAAGAUCAAGAUGGGUUUUUUAAUGAAAACUUUCGAUUCUUUAGAAAAGGUGAGGUUGGCGACUGGAAGAACUGGUUUACGGUGGAACAGAACGAAUAUUUCGACUCCGAAUGGAACAAACAGAUCCGGGCAGAUACUAUCUUUCAGUUCAAGUACACACAGAAUCAAGCAAACUCCUAA